GGUUAACUGAAAAGAAUUUUUUUCCCCCUUAUUUUAUUUGUAUAUAUAUGUGUUUAUUGUUUCUCCAUUCUCUUCUGUGCCAUUGGAUUGAUAAACUUAUUUGAGCCAUUUACCGUUUCUUUAAAGGGACAGUUUAGCCUCGUUAUUGGUUUUAGUGGUAGUUUUUAGUGGUGUUUUGGGUUGAUGACGAUCAAACAAAAGACAAGAAUCAAUUCAAUACAGUCACGGUUAUCUCUUCACAACAAUUGGUCCUCUUCGUAACCUCACCACUAGAUGCUGCUGCACCUCUCGACAGCUCUGUGGCAGAAUCAACGACACGCCAGUCCCACAGUGCCCUCUACAGGUUGAUAGGAGUUGAACACCGAGGACAACGCUCGUCCCCAUAGAGACAGGCUCCCACAAACAGGGCUGUCCUUCGCUGUGAGCCGAUGCUGAGACCGCCGACCUUCGGGCUUCAGCGAACACGCAGAGAACCGUAUUCCGGACGAUUCGUUUUCAUUUGUUUUUACCGCUAAACAUUGUCACCAGGAUUACAAUCGAGCCGCCGGCGCAGCGUUAUCCUAACAGGCCGGAGAUUUAUCCGUGUGGCCACUGCCUGAUUCCGGUCAGGGAGGAGUCUGUAUCCGUUAUUCUCCAGCGUCAGCCGAGGCUGCAGGCCACCAGCAGCUGCAGCAUGUCGGUGAUUUAACAACAUUCAUCUCCGAGCUUUGCAGAAGAAAACCCCCCAAUGAGCUCGUAGAGGAUGGAUGUGGAGGUGAUAGGUGCAGGCAGGGCUAGCACCUGGAGGAGAGGAGCAGAAGAUGAAGAGGAGGAGGAGGAUGCCGGAGGUGGUGUUGGUGGAGGAGGAGGAGGAGGAGGAGGAGGUGUGGAGGCUCAAAGUGUACCUCUGGAUCUCUACGACUCUGCCCGAGCCAAAAUAGAAGCGAAUCUCCGUUGGCUGUUUGCCAAAGCCUACGGUAUCGACAACAUCCCUCCAGACCUUCAGGACCCUUUCUACACCGACCAGUACGAGCAGGAACACAUCAAACCCCCCAUCAUUCACCUUCUGCUGUCUGGAGAGCUCUACUGCCGGGUGUGUGGCCUCAUCCUGCACGCUGAGCAGGCCGCCUCGCUCCAGAGCCACCAGUCUGUCCUCCAGGCCUUGUCCAGGAAAGGCAUUUAUGUCCUUGAGAGUGACAACACGCAGGUUUCUGACGUGGACCUCAGCUCAGCUCCUAUAAAGAUGAGCUCCCACGUCCACCUCAUCGAUGCCCUCAUGAUGGCUUACAUGGUGGAGAUGAUCAGCAUAGAGAAGGUGGUCUCCAGUGUCAAGCGCUUUUCAAACCUCAGUGCCUCCAAGGAGCUGCCUUUGGACCUGGAAGACGCCAUGGUCUUUUGGAUCAACAAGGUGAACAUGAAGAUGAAGGAGAUGACAGAAAAAGAGCUGAAGAUGAAGCAGCACCUGCUGGAACCAUCUGGUCACCAGAAGUCUCCCUCCAAAUGGUACUGGAAGCUUGUACCUGUGCGAUACCGCAGAGAUCACCUGUCAGGUCGCGCUCUUCAACACUUCCCCCUGCUGGACGACUUGUUGAAGGACGUGUGCGAUGGCAUGGCUCUGCUGGCUCUGAUUCACUUCUACUGUCCAGACCUAAUCAGACUGGAAGAUAUCUGUCUAAAGGAGGUCCCUUCCAUAGCUGACAGCCUGUACAACAUCGAGUUACUCAGGGAGUUCUCUAACAGUUACCUGAACAGAUGUUUCUGCCUGAAGCCUGAGGACGUGCUGUAUUCUCCACCAGUCCUGAAGAAUAACGUGAUGGUCUUCAUUGCUGAACUGUUUUGGUGGUUUGAGAGUGUGAAGCCAGGCUUCGUGCAGCCCAGAGGCCUCCAGGAAAUUAGAGAUGCGAGGUUGCUGCUGAAGCCCAAAGGUGCUCAAUCCCAAGUAUCCAGCUCUAACGUCACAAAAAGUGCUUUCAUGUCAUCGUCGAACUCGGCUGACGUCUUGACUGAACCCACAGGUCCUGACCUCAGCAUCAAAUCAGGCUCGCUGAGCCCGUCUCAGUCUUCGGUGCCCUUCAGACAGAGGCAACAAAAAACGCUGGAGGAAAAUUUAGAUCCUAGAAACAGGUCGUACUCCGUGACACGUGGGGACGGUCAGCACCUGGGCUCAGUAGGGGUGUGGCCAGAGAGGAGGCCGAGGCCUUUGUCCCAGCCGGUGCCGUACGCCUUACAUUAUCCAGUAGAGGACGACGUCGACAGUUUAAGCCUGGCUCGCUCCAUCAGUAAGGACAGCCUGUCCUCAAACAUCUUGAGCAUGACCCCCAAACACAUGCUGGGGUCAGGUGCCCAUCGCUCCCACCACAGACUCAGUGGUCAGAGUCUUCUCAGUCACAUGCGCAUCGAGGACGAAGAGGAGGAAAUAGAGGAGGAGGAGCUCGUGGCCGUCAUACAUCCUCACGAACUUUCACAACAACGACUGUCACACCAAGCUUUCACACCAUCACGUCAGGUCAACAGCUGCUACACGGAGCCCCUGAUGCCUGCCGUUCUGAAGCCAGCCAAAGAGAAGAGUAUUAGCCUGAACAAGCAGGAGGAAAGUGGUGAGAGUCCACUCAGAACGCUAAGAGCUGCUCGGAGAGCGGUCAGUAACGCCACGUCCCCCUCAGAGAACAAACCUCCCAUCGCUGACUCGAGUAGAAACACCUUCACGCCAAUUACUGCUGCAGAACCGUUGAGUGGCCCCCUCAGACUGCCCCCUGAGAGAAGGGCAGUUAUUUCACCAUCUGAAGAAAAACAACCCCAAGGUUUCUUCCUUCAUUUGUCGGCCGAGUCAGACUACAAAAGCCCUUACUCCUCUACCUUGGAGGUAGGGUACGACUCUGACUCAGACAUUGCCGACCUUGAAGAAGAUGAAGAGGAAGAUGAUGAGCUGGGGAUAACCAGAGAAGUCAAAAAGAUGGAAAAGGAAAAGGGCUCAGGAGCGAUAAAGGGUUUUGAAUCAGGAGAAGGUGAAUCAGCGAAGCUGAGAGAAGACUCCAAGGUGACGGAGAGAGAUGACAAGGAGGAUGGCAGUGGAUGUUCAAGUCCGUGUCUCAGUACCAUAUCCUGGGCAAGCAGCUGCAGCGCUUCAGGCAGCGUGGGUGUGAGGAUGACCAGCUUUGCGGAGAGAAAGCUUCUAAAACUGGGUCUCUGUGAGGGAGUUUCCAGCACCAGCAGUUCCCAGAAGACCACACCAGACGGUUCAGAGUUCACCUCUGGCCUUCCUUGGCAUCUCAAGGUCGACAGUUGUUUAGGAAAGGACUCGAACGUGGAGGAGAAACUCCAGAUAAUGCCUUCGGAGCUGCUGCAACUUCACAUGCAGCUGGAAGAACAAAGACGUGCAAUAGAACAUCAAAAGAAGAAGAUGGAGACCCUGUCGGCGUGUCAGAGACUGAAGCUGGGGAAAGCUGCCUUCUUGAACAUCGUGAAGAAGGGCGCAGGAAAAAGUGACACUCUUCCUCUGCCGCUGAGACAGCCCUCAAAACUCACCACGGCCAGAGUGAGGAGUCAGCUGUGCCGGGACGACUCCUGUCUGGAUACGCUGAAGGCUGAGGUGAGGACAAGUCAACCAGAGAGUAGACAACUACACAAAGACACAGGGAACGCCCUGACUCAAGGUUCAUCCGAGAGCGGCUUGAACGAAUGUUCUCGAUCGAUCGAUCUCCUCAACGAAGCCAUCAGCUCAAUCCAGGAGCAGAUGCUGCAACUGUCCGCGCAGCAAAACCUGCUGAUGAAGAAAAACGUGGCCUCACCAACAGAAUGUGGACAAUCUGGGCCUAGCACAACCCCCACCGAGACACAAACGACUCCCCCUACCUCAGACCCCAGAUCCUUUUCCGUCCACUUCGACAUCUGUGACAACAGCUCUUUUCCCGUGGGCCGUCCUCCCAGGCUCAGCUCCAGCCUCCGUGGCAAAGCUACGAACAGAAAACCAAACAAAGAGAAGAGCCAGCAGGGCGUGAACAGCAACUCUAGUUUACAGACGUCAGAAAGUACGCCCUCCUCCAGUGAGAGCAUUAGUGGAGACCAGGAAACGGGCUCUGGUGGGGAGAGCUCCAGGUCCGAGGGAGGGAUCCAGAGGAACUCCACCUUCAGAGUCACUGAGGAACAGAGUGACAUCUCCAGGAAUCUUCCACAGGCUGCAGGAUCAAAAGACAACGAGGGUGACGACUCAAGAAAAGAGGCUUUGGGUGGGGACGAGAGUUCCAGGAUCAAAGGUCAACUGAUUGAAGUGGAUCUGUCAGAGCUUAAGGAAUCCAGGGAGAACGGUGGUCCAGACUCCACAGCAGAGGGGGAGCAGAAGAAUUCGCUGGGAUUCUUUUUUAAGGAUGAAGAGAAGGCAGAAGACGAAAUGGCCAAACGUCGCGCUGCCUUCCUGCUCAAACAGCAGCGCAAAGCUGAAGAGGCCAGGCUUCGCAAACAACAGCAGGAGUCCGAGAGUGAGCUCAGACGUGACGAGGCCAGGCGUAAGGCGGAGGAGGACCGCAUUCGUAAGGAGGAGGAGAAGGCGCGGCGCGAGCUGAUAAAGCAGGAGUACCUGCAGAGAAAGCAGCAGGCACUGAUUGAGGAGCAGGGUCUCGCCAAACCUCGACCGCGAACCAAGUCACGCAAGCACCGGCCGAAGUCUCUCCACCGAGAGGAAUUCAACAGCCUCACCAAAGGAGGCACCGCGCGUAUGAAGACAAUCGAUCUGAGCUGCAGUCAUCGAGGAUCGACUCUGUCUUUGGCGACCGAAGCCGACAGCGUCAUCUCUGGAGAUGCAGAAUCACAAAGGGCUGGAUCUGUGUGCUCCGUGGAGUCGUUCCCUGUGCUCAGUAGGGCGUCCAGCAGGAACAUGGAGCGCGNNGGUUCCAUAGCUUCGUCCAUCACUUCAUCAGAAUACAGUGGUCCUAAACUCUUCAAGGAGCCGAGCUCCAAGUCCAACAAGCCGAUCAUCAUCAAUGCCAUCGCUCACUGCUGCCUGGCUGGAAAAGUUAACGAGACGCAGAAGAAUGUUAUUCUCGAGGAGCUGGAGAAGUGCGAGUCCAACCACCUAAUCAUCCUGUUCCGUGAUGGCGGAUGUCAGUUCAGGGCCAUUUACGCGUACUCUCCAGAGACGGAGGAGAUCAUCAAAUUCACAGGCACCGGACCUCGAUCCAUCACCCACAAGAUGGUGGACAAGGUCUACAAAUACAGCUCCGACCGAAAACAGUUCACCAUCAUCCCUGCCAAGAGUGUGUCGGUCAGCGUGGACGCUCUGACCAUCCACAAUCACCUGUGGCAGGUCAAGAGAACAGGCAGUGCACUGAGGAAGUGACGGAAACAAGUUGAUGGAACGUUUUUACAGAUUGUUUUCACUGUUGGGCAGGACCCAAUGAUGUGGGAGAUGAUUGACAUGUGAUGAGGGAGGGGAGACGUCAGAUGUCAGAACACACAGAGCACCUGUCAUUUGAAAACACACUUUCUUUUCCUUUUUAAUCGAAUCGUCUUAUUUUGCAUGAAACACAGUUACAUGAUGGCGUGUACGUCGUGGAUGUAAAACUAAUGAUGAAGAGGAAAACAGACUCCGGCGCUGAAUACUACUGAAUACUCCUGAAUACUCCUGAAUACUACUGAAUACUCCUGAAUACUCCUCCAGUGGUACCAAGCAUAACUACAGACUGGCUGCAGAACAAAAACACUUUCCAUGUAUUGUAACAUUUGCAGUUUCAGCUUGGCAAAAAAACAACAAAAAAAAAAAAACCCAGAAAAACAGCCCAGCAGUUUACAGUUUAUUUGCUGGUAAUUCCUACUGUUCAGUACUUUUUUAAUGAAAGUGAGAGAUGGAUGUUUGUCUUCUGUUUCCUUUUCUAUACCGUGUGUGUUUGGGGAAGUGUGUGAGUGUUGGUGCCAGGGUACAGGACAGUUGGUGUCAGUGUUUAUUGUACUCUCCUGCUAACGCUUUGAAACUUUUGUCCUGCAACGGAUCAACAGAGCAAAGCAACACAACAUGUUUUUUUUUUUUUGAAGGCGCACUAAUUGUUACGAGUAUUAUUCCAUACAAAAGAGCUUCUCAGACCUGUUAUUUAUUAUUGAUGAUGAGCGGUGCACUACGUCGUAUUAAAGUGAAUUCCAGCAGCCAUGUAAACGGCCUGAGGUUCCUGGAUGGCUCUUUACUGCUGCUCCACAUUGAACUGAGCUGUUUGCUGCUCCUCACCUGCUCACUAGUCUGCGGUGGGCAUGAAAUUUUAAUGUAGCUUCUGGCGUCGGCACUCGUGCGGUAAUGUCCCUGUAAUGACUGACCGAGCAGCUGGUAUAUUGUUUGGAGGAAGAAAAAAAAAACUGCACAAUUUUUUUGAUAUUUGUUUUGCUGCAUUUUGUACAUUUUUGGUUGUUAUUUUCAGUGGUUCGUUAUGUUUAUGUUGUUUUGUUGUUUUAUGUUUAUUUAUUUUGAAGCGAAAUAAUAAAAUCCGACUAGAUUUGUUUUCUUGCUAAA